GCGGUGAGCGAGUGGUGCUGCAGUUCGUGCCGCGAUCGCUCGGUGAACGGUGAGAAAUUUCUGUCACGGGGAGACCGGCGACGACAUGAACCUGCGCGCAGAUACCGCACGCACUCCAGUGCACAACGCAUGAGCGUUAACCUGACUCCGCAGCUCUGUGGAUACAGGCGAUUAUUUUUAAAGGCGAAUUUAACUCCCAACACGUUUGUGAGGCAGAACUUUGCUUUUGUCGGGUGGAGGUGCACCGGACAAUACCAGGAGGCAUGGCGGAGAGAAGUGGCCGCCUUAGCUUUCCGGGGAGCGGGGCACUAAACAGACCGGUGCCUAUGAACCUCUUCGCUACCUGGGAGAUAGAUGGUUCUUCUCCUAACUGCAUUCCUAGGCUCUGCAGUCUUACUCUGAAGAAGCUUGUGGUGUUGAGGGAGUUGGACAAAGAGCUCAUCUCUGUGGUCAUCGCUGUCAAAAUCCAGGGCUCCAAGCGGAUCUUGCGAUCCCAUGAGAUCGUGCUGCCCCCUUCUGGUGUGGUGGAGACUGACUUGGCUCUCACUUUCUCUCUACAGUACCCCCACUUCUUGAAGAGAGAGGGGAAUAAGCUACAGAUUCUUUUACAGAGGAGGAAGCGCUAUAAGAACCGCACCAUUCUGGGCUACAAGACCCUUGCAGCUGGCUCAGUCGACAUGGCAGAGGUUCUGCAACACCCAGCAGAAGGAGGGCAAGUGUUGGCUCUCUGCAGCCACCAGAAGGAGCUCCUGGGGAAGGUUGCUGAGAUCUGGAUCUACUCUCUCUCCAGCCAGCCCAUUGACCAUGAAGAAGCAGCCAUACUGGGCCAGAAAAUCAAAUGCUCCGACAACUACUCAGAAGAGGAGUAUGAGAGCUUCUCAUCAGAGCAGGAGGCCAGCGACGACGCAGUGCAUGGUCAGGAUCUUGAAGAUGAUGAGUUUGAUGUAAGGAAACCUAAAAAGCAGCGAAGAUCAAUCGUAAGGACAGCGUCAAUCACAAGGCAGCAGAACUUUAAACAGAGGGUGGUCGCUCUGCUCAAACGCUUUCGCGUCUCAGACGAGGUGUUAGAUUCAGAGCAGGAUCCAGCUGAGCCUCCUCCAGAAGUGGAGGAGGAUUUGGAUCUGGAGAGUGUAGACUUUGAGAACCCCAGUGACAGUGGGCCGGACCUGGAUGAUGACGACAGUGUACUCAGUACCCCCAAACCCCAGCUCAAGCCAUAUUUCGAGGGUGUCUCUCUUUCUAGCUCUCAAACUGAGAUUGGUAGCAUUCACAGCAUGAGGAGUCAUAGAGAGCCACCCAGUCCAAUGGAUCCUGACAAGGUGAAGUCUACAGGGAAGUUUCAGAUGGAUGAUGUGCCCGACAGUAUCACUUUCGGAGAGCCAGAGGUUGUUACCCCCACCACAGAAUUGGAGAUGAUGGACAACAUGGACACCUUCUUGGAGAAGCUACCCCCUUCUGGCAAAAUGACCAAAACCGAGUCGCUCAUUAUUCCCUCCAACAGGCAGGAGCCCAAGCCGACUGGCCGGAGGGGGAGGAGCACAUCCCUGAAGGAAAGGCAAACCAGCCGGCCUCCCAACGAGAGAGCCAACAGCCUUGACAACGAGCGCUCGCCAGACCCACGCUGCCACCUUCAGAUUCCGCGUAAAACAGUAUAUGACCAGCUCAACCACAUCCUGGUGUCAGAUGACCACCUUCCCGACAACAUCAUCCUCAUUAGUACCUCGGAAUGGCAGGGGCAGUAUCUGUCUAAUGUCCUCCAGAAUCACGGUCUCCCUGUGGUGUGCACAUGCACCACGGCUGAUGUUCAGGCUGCUUUUAACACCAUCAUUUCAAGGAUACAGAGAUUUUGUAACAGUAAUUCCAUCACUCCUGCUCCCGUGAAAAUUGCAGUAGCGGGUGCUCAGCACUACCUCUCUGCUGUGCUUCGCUUCUUUGUUGAUCACCUGACUCAUAAGACCCCAGACUGGCUCACCUACUUGCGCUUCCUCAUCAUUCCACUGGGAGUCCAUCCUGUAUCUAAGUACUUGGGCAGUAUAGAUUACAGGUAUAAUAGUUUGUUCCAGGACUCAGCGUGGCGAGAUCUCUUCUAUAAAGCUGAGGCUCCUGUUCUAGUGCAAGAUAAUCCUGAUGUGGUUGCCAGGGUAACACAGUACAUGCUUGGUGCAAAUGGAGCCUACCAGCUCCCCAUAGCGGAGGCAAUGCUGACUUACAAGCAGAAGAGGAAAAAGAGCUUUCAUUUUGAUUUUGCAGUAAGCCCAGAUGAAGACUCCUGUCAGAAAUUCAUCCCCUUCAUAGGAAUGGUGAAUGUUGGGAUUAUUGAACAGAGCUCUGCUGCUUCAGGAGAUUCAGAUGAUGCUGCUCCUGUGGGCUCUCUCCUUUCCUCUACUUCUCCUCAAAUAUCUCCUUCUCUUAAAGAAGCAUCCCCCACUCCUCCCUCUUCCCCAUCUGUCCACGCAUCAUUCUGCAGUUCCCCUGGAGGUGGACAGGGGGAGCUAAUGGGACUGCAGGUCGACUACUGGGUGGCUCCAUCAGAGAAGAAAAGAGAUAUGGAAAAGAAGGACACCUCCUCUAAGAACACACUCAAGUGUACGUUUCGCUCGCUGCAGGUUAGCCGCCUCCCAUUAGGUGGGCCAGAGGCGGGGCCACAGCCAACCAUGUCAAUGACUGUUGUGACCAAGGAGAAGAACAAAAAAGUGAUGUUUCUGCCCAAGAAGACGAAAGAUAAAGAGGUGGAGUCUAAGAGUCAGGUGAUCGAAGGCAUCAGCCGCCUCAUCUGCACUGCCAAACACCAGCAAACAAUGCUCAAAGUGUUGAUAGAUGGGGUGGAGUGGCACGAUGUGAAGUUUUUCCAGCUGGCAGCUCAGUGGUCGUCUCACGUCAAGCACUUCCCCCUCGCCAUUUUCGGACACUCCAAAGGGCCAUACUGAGGCAGCGCCCUCUGUUGGCUGUACCCCAAACUGCUGACAGCUUCUAACUGACCCUGACCUCUGACCCUUGCCCCACCAAUUCAUUCUAUAUGUGCCGAUGGCCUUUAACACCCUGCUGCUGCCCAAUCCAUCCCGAUGUCUUAAUUUAAACGCCUGCUCUUUUGUUUGUUGUCUUUUUCUUUUGUUGUUGCUAUUUUAUUUCCUUCUUUUUUUAAUGACAGACUCGCAGCAGGGUGGAGCUUGUUCCCGUCAGACUCUUUGCUGAACAUUUUAAAUGCAGCCCCAUUUUUCCUCUCCUAACUGGAGCCUAACAAACUGACCACAUGGACUGAUUAACUGGCUAAUUAAUAGCUGUUUGAGUGUCCUUCCAUCACCAUCGUGGUUUAAUCAGGAAAACACAACAGUGCUCCCCCUGACACACACAGAAUUAGAGUGUUUGAA